GUGAGCGUGCAGUAGUGCAUGUUUUGAUUUUUUUUGAAAAACUUAAUAAGAUGUCUGAAACAAAUUCUUGUUUUAACGAGUCAUUAAUAUGUGAAGUAAGGAAGUACCCUUGGUUAUGGAACAACAAGCGGGAAGAUUACCGAGACCAAGCAAAAAGAACCAAUUCAUGGAAAGUCAUAGGAAAUUCCCUGAAUGUUGCUGAAACUUUUGCCAAAAAAAGAUGGGGCAACCUCAGGGACCAGUAUCAAAAAAAAAAAAAAGAGGCCAUUUGCCACAGACCAAGUGGUUCUGGCGGGGAAUCCUCCUAUGGUCAAGUGAAAUGGAAGUACUUUUACCUCAUGACUUUCCUCGAGCCAACUUUUGAACAUGAAAGGCCAACAGGAAACCUAGAGGACGCCCAAGAGGCAUUAGAUGAAUUGAACGAGUCUCAGGCAUGUUCCGAGAAUAGUUUUGAUGCUAGUUUUAAUGAAUCGGCAUCUGCCUCACCAGUAUUAGUCAUGGAAGCAAAUGAGGAAAAACAGAGGCCAAAUAAAAAGCCGAAGAAUAUCUACCAAGAUGAGCUGUUAUCAUGCCUAAAAGGAGCAGGCGAUGAAGAUUCGGAGAAAUCGUCUGAAUAUUAUUACAUGAUGUCGUUAGUGCCAAGAAUGGCAAAACUUCCCCCUCUAAGACAAAGUCAUGUCAGAUUGGCAAUCGAACGAAUUUUUCUUGAUGAAGAGACGAGGCUGUAUGUAUAUUUUUUAAAUUUUGCAAUGUUUCAGAAAUUUUUGAUAUGCAUGCAAAUUCUGUAAAAUUAUCCAUCUAAACGUAAUAUAAAAUUUUAACUUCCUUUAAGGCACUAAAAAGACACAAUGCCACAUUUUUCUUCCUAGACUAGUUUUAUUUUCUAAUUUAAUUAUGAACUACUGGUAGUUGGUUGCUGAGAAAACAUUUGAAAAUGCAGGAGGUUGGCAAUUUUCCUUUAAAUUGCCUGUUUACAUUAACCCAGAUUCAAAUCUUAAGAUAAAAUAUUUUACCCAAAUGUUAA